AUGGCUUCAGCUUCGGACCAUCCGGAUCUUGGAGAUCAAAAUGAAGAUGAGCCUAUGGAGGAUGAAUCGAUGCUGACCAACGACGACGGAGAAGAAGUUGAUGAGCAGGCUGACGAGGAUUUCGGCGAAGAGGCUGAUGCCUCUUCUUCUGCAGCGAAGGGGAGGAAAAAGAAGGGACUCAAAGGAAAGAAAGGCAAGAAAGGAAGGAAGUCGCACGACAACACCGCUCCCGAUCCAGCAACUUCGACUGCCGCUGAAAUUGCUGCGUACUACGGAUACACCGACCCAUCCAUCGACUACACGGAGGAAGAUUUUACAAACAUUACUUCAUUAAAGGCUUGGGUGAAUCUCUAUCGUACCGGAGUAAUGGAGGCAAAUCCGGGCAUCAAUCAAACAAAGCUUCUCCCCUUGAUUAAUGCCAAGUAUCGAGAGUUUCAGGAAGAAGCUCGUGCUUCUGGGAAAGCUAUCAAUGCAAAGAAGACUGGUGUGAAAGCACCACCUACACCCGCUUCUGCAGAAAAAGUGGCUCCAAUCAAAAUUCGCAUUUCGGCUCGCAAAAAGGGUCGACGCGGUGGUGGUGAUGAUGAUGAGGAGGGCGGAGGAAACUCGGAUCAAGAAUUUGAAAAAUUAUUACGACAACACGAUAAGCAACUCGAUGACCAGGACCGAGAAAAGGAGGAGAAGAAACACGCCCGUGCUGUUGCCAAAGUCGCAACCAAGAAAGCUGAAUUGGAAAAGGUCGCUGCUGUCAGAAAGAAGAAACGUGAAGAAGGACAAUUGGAUGAAGAACAUCAAGACUAUUGCGAAGUGUGCCAGCAAGGAGGGGAGAUUUUACUUUGUGAUACGUGCCCAAAGGCAUACCAUUUGGUUUGCGUUGAUCAAGAUAUGGAGACCCCUCCUGAUGGUGUUUGGGCAUGCCCACAUUGCGAGCAACAUGGUCCACCAGCCGAGAAAGAGGAUGAAGCAGGAAGAGCUAAUCUGGAAUAUUGUCGUGUUUGCAAAGAGGGCGGAGGGAUGUUGCUCUGUGAUCAUUGCCCUUCGUCGUACCAUCCAUUCUGCAUGAAUCCUGUACCUGAUGCGCUUCCCGAAGAUGAUGAAGAAUGGGCUUGUCCAAGAUGCCUAACGGAACAACCAAAGCAAAGGCCAGAAAGGAUUCUCUCGUGGCGCUGGGUUGUUGUUCGCUACCCUGACCCAGAGACGGUUCCUGCCGAUGUCGACCCAUCAGAGCCUCGUUUGCGUCCCCCACGACAGAUGGCUCCUCGCAAGGAACGAGAGUUUUUUAUCAAAUGGAAGUACAUGUCAUAUUGGCAUUGUGAAUGGGUCAAUGAAAUGGUCCUCGACGUUUGGUACCCGCAAACUCUUCGAAUGUACUGGAGAAAAGCUGAUCCAGAAGUUCCACCGGAAAUCGAUGAUGGAUCUACGGAAGAUAUGACCACAGGGAGAAUCGACAACAAAGAAAAGGAAAGCGAUCCGCAUAAUAUGGAAGAAAAGUUCUAUCGCUAUGGAAUCAAACCGGAAUGGAUGCAAGUACAUCGCAUCAUCAAUCAUCAAGAAUACAGCAAGACGCAGUUUGACUAUUUGGUCAAAUGGAGGGAGCUCGUUUAUGAACAAGCGACAUGGGAACGAGAUGAUAUGGAUAUUGCGGGAUAUGAAGACGCCAUUAUCAAAUACUGGGCUCAUCGUGAGAAAAUGAAUGGCGACACUCCACCAAAACUCAUUCGCAAGAUUCUUGCUCAACGACGAGAGGAAAAGGGACUCGCUCCUGUAGAAGAAGAAGGAACCGAAAAGAAAAAGGAUAAGAAAAAGAAGGAUAAACCGUUGGUGGACAUCCGUAAGAAAUACGAUGCACAGCCCGAUUUCGUCACUGAGACUGGAGGAACUUUGCAUCCGUAUCAGAUGGAAGGACUGAAUUGGUUGCGACAUAGUUGGUCAAAUGGCACGGAUACAAUUCUUGCCGAUGAGAUGGGUCUUGGAAAAACAGUUCAAAGCUCAACAUUCCUUUAUACACUGAUGAAGGAAGGUCAUUCAAAGGGACCAUUCUUGAUUGCGGCACCACUUUCUACAAUCAUCAAUUGGGAGCGAGAAAUGGAAUUUUGGUGUCCCGACUUUUACGUCGUCACCUAUGUUGGAGACAAAGAUUCUCGAAUGGUCAUUCGCGAACACGAAUUCUCAUUUAUGGAAGGGGCUGUGAGGACUGGAGUGAAGGCUAGUCGAAUCAAAACAGAGCAGGGAAUCAAAUUCCAUGUGCUUCUCACAUCAUAUGAAUUGAUCAACAUCGAUAAGGCCAUUCUUUCGUCUAUUGAAUGGGGAGCAUUGGUGGUCGACGAGGCACACCGUCUAAAGAACAACCAGUCCACUUUCUUCAAAACGCUACGAGAAUUCAGGAUUGGCUAUCGUCUUUUGCUUACCGGAACACCACUACAAAACAAUUUGGAGGAACUGUUUCAUCUUCUCAACUUUUUGUCUGCUGAUCGCUUCUAUGAUUUGGAAUCAUUUACUCAAGAGUUUGCCGAAAUCUCCAAAGAAGACCAAAUCCAGAAGUUGCAUGCUCUUCUCGGACCCCACAUGCUUCGACGACUCAAAGCUGAUGUACUUGCGGGAAUGCCUAGCAAAAGUGAACUUAUUGUUCGAGUCGAACUUGCUUCCAUGCAAAAGAAAUACUACAAAGCUAUUCUUACACGGAACUUCGAAGCGCUUUCCGUAAAGAGUGGCGGAUCUCAGAUAAAGUUGAAAGAUGGCGGUCAUCGCGUCUUGAUCUUUUCACAGAUGACUCGGAUGUUGGAUGUUCUAGAAGAUUUUUGCGAGAAUGAAGUGUACAAAUAUGAACGAAUCGAUGGCUCUAUCACAGGACAACAACGACAAGAUGCUAUCGAUCGAUUCAAUGCUCCUGGUGCUCUCCAAUUUGUUUUCCUUCUUUCAACACGUGCUGGAGGUCUUGGAAUUAAUUUGGCCACCGCGGACACUGUUAUCAUUUAUGAUUCGGACUGGAAUCCGCAUAAUGAUAUCCAGGCCUUUUCUCGAGCGCAUCGUAUUGGCCAACAGAACAAAGUGAUGAUCUAUCGUUUUGUCACCAGAAACUCUGUUGAAGAACGUGUCACUACAGUAGCGAAAAAGAAGAUGCUUCUGACUCACUUGGUUGUUCGUGCUGGAAUCGGUCAGAAAGGACCAGGAAUGAGCAAGAACGAGUUAGAUGAUGUGCUUCGAUGGGGAACAGAAGAACUCUUCAAGGAUGAUGGAGAAGAAGGCGGUGCAGAAGGAGGGGAGAAGAAGCCGGGAGAUAACGAAAUUGUCUGGACCGAUGAAGCUGUAGAAAUGCUGCUUGAUAGAACUCGAGGAGAUGAAGAAAAGAAGGAAAAAGAGAAAGAGGGCGAAAAGAAAGAACAUUGGACCAACGAAUAUCUUUCUUCAUUCAAGGUUGCUACCUACACGACAAAAGAAGCCGAAGAGGAGGAGGAAGAGCCAGAUGAUACAGAAGUCAUUAAGCAAGAAGGUGGAGAAGAAGACCCCGAUUACUGGGAGAAACUGUUGCGGCAUCACUUCGAGCAAGAACAAGAAACGGAAGCGCAAAAACUUGGCAAAGGAAAGCGUAUCCGCAAGCAAGUCAACUACGCAGCCGAGAAUAUGGGCGCUGAUUGGAAUAAGAAACAACAAAAUGACGACGAGGAUUUUGUUGCGUACUCUGGCGAAUCCGGGCACUCUGACGGAGAAGGCACCGAUGGAGAAUUUGAGGGAGACCGAAAACGAAAGGAGCGUGAUGGCGAAAAAUUGCCUCCAUUGCUGGCUAAAGUUAAUGGUCAAUUGGAAGUGCUUGGAUUUAAUCCAAGACAACGACGGGCUUAUUACAAUGGUAUCAUGCGAUGGGGCAUGCCUCCUCAGGAUUCGCAUGUCAGUCAAUGGCUGGUUCGCGACUUGAAGGGGAAGUCUGAGCGUGCUUUCCGGGCGUACACCUCUUUGUUUAUGCGCCAUCUUUGUGAGCCUGGUGCAGAAAAUCAAGAUUCGUUCAAUGAUGGUGUCCCGCGUGAAGGAAUGAAGCGUCAUGAUGUUUUGAGUCGCAUUGGAAUCAUGAGCCUCAUUCGCAGAAAAGUGCAAGAAUUUGAGGCGUUUAACGGCGAUUGGUCAAUUCCUGAAUUAAGAGAUCUCAUUUUGGCCACUGCUGGAGCAACAGAGAAUAACAGUGAAGUGAACAGCCGAGAAGCGAGCACAGCUCCUCCGGACGACGAGAAAAGUCAAUCAGCUCCUCCCAAAGAAGAAGUGGUUGAAAAUGGUGAGAAACCGGAAGAAAAUGGGAAUGUCGAAAAGAUGGACACUUCGAAAGCCGACACUUCGAAAGCGGACAUCAAAGACCCAAUUCGACAAUUGGCAACCGAUCAAACAAAGCAAAAUCGCCCUCCAUUCAAAUUCAAUAUUGCUGAUGGAGGCUUCACCGAGCUUCAUACUCUAUGGAUCAACGAAGAAAAGGCAGCAGUUCCUGGAAACGAAUUCGAAAUUUGGCAUCGACGACAUGACUAUUGGUUGCUAUCUGGAAUUGUCCUUUACGGCUAUGGAAGAUAUCAGGACAUUCAAGCUGACACUCGCUUCGGUAUCAUAAAUGAACCUUUCAAGAUGGAACUGGGCAAAAGCAACUUUUCUGAGAUAAAGAACAAAUUUUUGCAGAGACGCUUCAAGUUACUUGAGCAAGCCCUUAUCAUCGAAGAACAAUUACGUCGAGCUGCACAUUUAAAUAUCAUAAAUCAACCCACAAACGACGGAACUGAACAACUGGCGCAACGAUUUGCUGAUAUUGAAAAUCUUGCUGAUUCAAAUGCCACUAUUGCCAGGGAAUCGUCUGGCGGAAACAAAAAUGCCAACGUCAUAUUGCACAAGACACUCACCCAACUCGAAGAACUUCUGUCUGAUAUGAAGGCUGAUGUUUCACGGUUACCAGCUACUCUUGCUCGUCUACGACCGGUGACGAAUAGGCUUGGUAUGACGGAAAGAGCUAUCCUUCAGCGAUUGACCACAAAGGAUCUGGAAGCUGUAGCUGGUAAAAGUCCUUUGCCUCAACCCGGACCGUUUGUGACACCAACGAUCGGGCAACAACUUUCGGGAAUACAACCAAAGUUUGCCGCUCUCCAUGGAAAGGAUGAGAAGGAAAGUGAGGAAACAAAGGAGACAAAUCCGGAUCAAGAAGGCAAGGAGAAUGGUGCCGGCAAUUUACCCGAGCAAAACGAAGCAACAGUGGAGAAAAUGGAUGUUGAACAAGAGAAGCAAGCGGAGGAAGUCGAGGAAACGAAACCCGAUGUCGAAAAGGCGCCAGCAAAAGAGCCAGCCGCCCAGGACGAACCUAUGGACUUUUCGGUUAAUAAGGAA